AGUCUUGUGCUAGUCCCCAUACCUCGGUGAUUGCGCGCUGAUCCUGCAUAUCGCGGAGCAAGAAGAUCCCACACAGAAGGAUUUUUUUUGCUCACGGAAACAGUUCAAAGUGUCCAAAAAAAACCCAUAUCUAACGUUCGUCGUCUUAAGUGACGGCGUAUUAGUUUAUCAAAGCUCUGAAGAAAAAAACAUAAAAUUCAAAAAAAUAAAUCAUAAUAUAAAUAUCUAAGUUUUGCUUUAGGAGCAAAGAGUUAUCUCUUGUUGUGCAGUGAGAACUUUGCGAAGGAAUUAUCUUGCAAGUUUGCAGCAUCUCUUGCCAAAGUGUUAACCAAUUUAUUGUGCUGACAAGUGCUAUUGAGGAAAAGUUCUAACAAGGAUGAUAUAACAUAAAAAUUUCCAGGCGAGUGCUAAAGUUUUUAUACCUACCUACCUACAUAUAUAACAAAAAGGAAAACUUUAGCGGAACAUCCAUCAUCAGCAAUUUGGGUCUGUGCUAUAGGCUUCGCUUCUUUCACGAAGGUGUGCAAAAGGUGCAAAUUGAUAAAAGGUGAUCACUAAAACAAACGUGGGACAGAGGAGUUGCGGUGUGAACUAAUUUGUGAACAUACCGAAUCCAAAUGAAGAGUUACUGCUGCCGAGAGAAUGAACAUUGUCCCAUGGCGACAACGAAGCUGUGAGCGAUAUUGCAGAAGAAAUUCCGUGGUAGUGGUUGGUUUUGUGUGAAAAGUUGGGAAUUAUAAAUGACAGUGGGUUGGUGUGAACGAGAAAAAAUCAACACAACUUUGGAUAUGAGACAAAUAAAGAUGUGGCCCAUCAUCCUUCUUCUCCUUCUCCUCACUCCAGAUUCCAAUGACAGUCUCAGACUAACAGAGGUCCGGAUACCAAAUCACAUAGUAAGGGAUAGUCCUGCAAGACUAGAAUGCCAUUAUGACCUAGACGGGGAAGCGCUGUACUCGGUAAAAUGGUACAAAGAUGGCAACGAAUUCUACAGAUAUGUGCCACGAAAUAUGCCUCCAGCUCAUGUUUUUGCCCUACCAGGGAUCUCCAUAGAUAUUCACAAUUCAACGGACUCUGUUGUUGUACUGCAAAAUGUAAGCCUGUCGAGUACAGGGAAAUAUCGCUGUGAGGUUUCCGCCGAAGCACCGUCGUUUCAGACGGUCACAGAUCACGGAGAUAUGAUUGUCGUAGCACUGCCCGAGGAGGGACCUCGCAUCACGGGUGGACGACCACGAUACCAAAUUGGGGACAUCGUGCGUGUCAAUUGCACAUCGGGUCGUUCUAAGCCGGCGGCCCAUUUGAACUGGUUUAUCAACGGCCAUCAGGCGGAGCACUCGUUUAUGCGGAAAUACGAUAACAUUGUCACCGGCCGCGAGGGUCUAGAGACAUCGAUACUUGGAUUGGAGUUUCGUGUUCGAGUUAAGCAUUUCCGCAAUGGAGACAUGAAGCUGAAAUGUUUGGCAACAAUUGAGGACGUUUACUGGCGAACGAAUGAGGAGAGUGUCGAGGGGGACAAGCCGCAGAAAGCGCCCGUUCUGGAAUCCAGGGAGACAGUACCGCCCAGCAAUUCACGCGCGGAUCGUGUUCAAGCUGGAUCAAAUUCCUCACAGAAGCUCCAUCCAGACCAUCUAUCGCUAUUAUGGAUCAUUGCAAUGACGUGUUUCGUGAGCUUUCACCCGAUGCUUCCCAGUCAUCGUGUCACACCACUCAGAUAACUAUUUCAUACCACAAAUCAUGUAUCAAUUUAUCAAAUUUAAAAAGAAAAGAAUUAAAUAUAUAUACGAGAAAAGCCAUUAAAUGCCAAAGAGAGUUUAACGAGUAAAUUUUAUAAAAUAAAAAGAAAAAAAUCUUCUCCAAUUUAUGUAGAUAAAAAAAUCAUAAAAUAAUGAAAAAAAAACGAAUAAAUUGAUAGAAUGACGUUGCGGGGGCGAGAUGCGAGUGACACAACACUUGAGACAUUUGUGGGAAUGAAAAUCUGAAAGGCGCAAAAGCCUCACAAAAGAAAAAUUUGCUCAUCGUUCUCAAAAAAGUGAACUGAAUUGUGAUUUAAGUGAAAGUAUAGAGAGAUUAGGAAAAAUUAUAAGAUUAUGUAAGUAAUUAAUGUUAAGAAAUAAAUCUGUAUAAAUCUUUAAAAAAAUGGUAAAAAAAGAAAAUUAUUAAAAAAAAAACUAACUCCAUAAACCAGAAAAUUUCAUGUAAAUUAAGACAUAAUUAGGAUUUAACAUCAAAAUAAAUCACCCCUAAUUACCAGAGUGUUUGUAAAUAAAUAAAAUGAGAGACAAUUUAAAAUUAAAACAUUAUAGUUAAGUCAUUAAAUUCGUGAAAAAAUAAUUAAUACAAAAAAAUUCCAAAUGACAAAAUAACCAUCAAGCCCGAAGGAUAAAUGAAAAUUUCUGUAUAUUGAUAAAGUUAAUCGCGUAUAAAUGUAUAAUGGUGGUACAUAUAGCCAACAAGCAGCGGGAAAAUUAAGUGAAAUUCCAUUAAUUUACUAAAAUAAACACUCUUUAAUUACUUUUGUGUUUGCAGUCUCCGAUGGCAAAACUUCCCCCUUUUUGUUCCGCGAAUUGCAACAAAGAGGCGGGACCUCAAUUCAAUACAAUUGAUUAUCACCCAACUUUCCAAUUCUCUUCUAUUUCUAAAAUUGAGACGAGAAGUUUGUAUUAUUUCUUUCGCUGUAAUUAAAUGAAAUAACAAUAUUCCUUUAUUGAAAUUGUUAUGGGUCGUGCAGUCUAACUUCAGGAAACUCACGUAGCAACGUAAAAUCAAGGCGUAAGCAAAGAGCUUUAGUAAGCGUAAGGAGAAAGGUUUUUAUUUAUUUUGUGUUCGAUAAAAAAAAUACUUUGCUGUAAUUUUCCAAAAAAAUUUUUUUUUUUUUGAAAUAAUUAAAGACAAAACAGAUAAAAAUUUUCUGUGUGUGCUUACUCUAUAUCAUUGAUUAACAGAUUUUCUUACGUUUUUGCGUGAGUUUCCUUGUUAUAAUAUUUUGUAACCCAGAUUUAUUCCAAAAAGUUAAAUAUUUGCGAAAUCUAAAUUCAAAAUAGCGAUGAAAAGUUAAUUUUCAACUGAAAUUCUUAAAAUUUCGCCCUAAGAUUUCUAAAACUCUUUCUUAAAUCGGAUUCUUUAAACUAUUAGGAAAAUAAAAACUUUAUUGUAAUUUUAUGUCGGAAAAAUUUCCGGACAUACAAAACAAAAGGAAAAUCUGGGUUAAUAAGAAAAUUUUUAUCUUCUUUUAUUUUUAAUUUAGCAGAAAUAUUCUUUUUCAAUCAUAAUUUUUAAACAAAAUCAAUAUCUUUAAUUUUUUAAUUGUUUUAAUAAUAUAAAAAUAUAUAUUUUUUCUGUAAUUUUAGGAUUCUUCUAAUUUAGCAAAAAAUACAUCAAAGAUUAAUACUUAUUUAUUUUUUAAAAACUCUUUAAAAUUUUUUUAAAGAAUUUCAACAGCACAAAUCUUUGCAAAAAUAUAAUUGAAAAAAUCUUUUUUUUUCUGCUAUUUUAAUCAAACAUCAAUCAAGUUAAUAAUUAUAAAAAAAAUCGAUUAGCUGCAUGUACUGUACAAUUUAUUUAAUAUUUUGCCUAUUUACCCAUUCGCACUAAAUAUAUACAAAUUUUCGGAAAACUGUAAUUGAUUUUUUUUAUAAAGCAACAAUUUUUUUACUUUUAAUUUUCACCCAAGUCAUCUGUUAUUAGAUAAAAUGAUUAAGUUCUCAAAGUAUCAAAGAAAAUAGCCUAAUAUAUAAUAUUUUUAUAUUAGAAAAGAAAAUAAAAGAAAAAUAGUGAGAUAUUUUUUUCUCGAACCUCUAAAACUUAUCAGAAAAUAAAUUUAACACAGAAUAUAGUCAAAUAUAGUUCGCGAUUUAAUUGUAGAUAAGAAAAAACGUUGAAAAAAUUGAUCUUAUGUAAAAAGUGACAUGGUAAGAGACAUUUCAGUAAAUGUACGUAAAAUAUCACAUAAGAAAAGAUUUAUUAUAUCAAUGAACUAUGUGAAUCUAUUGUCAAUUUUAUCAGACAUUUCGUAAAUUGACGUGUUUUUUUGUUCAACAGGAAUUUUUAAGAAGUAUAUUUACUAAAAAAAAAAAGAAGAAGAAAUCAAGAUGUUAGUAUCAUCAUGGAAUCGAUGCAUUUCAUUAAAAAAAUAUAUAUCAUAUUAAUAUUGCAUAAAUAAAUUAUUUAUUUUUUUAAAAAGUACAAAAUUUCAAUAAGGCAAAUUAUUCUUUUUUUUACAUUUACCUAGUUAAUUAAAUAAAAUGAAAGUGAAAUGUGAAAAAUAUUUAUAUUUUACAACAUGAAUCAUGAAAAUUUUUAAUAGAAAUUUUUUUUAAAUCCUCUCUAUAUACAUUAUUAAGUGUAUAUAAAGGUUUUAAUAAAAAAUAUACCACAAAUUAAAUAAAAUUCCAAAAUCCACGGAAUUAGAAUCAGAAUUUAAAACAAAUAUCAACACAAGGCAAGUUCUAAAAAAAAAGGAUUUUUAAAAGAAAAAGUUUUUCAUUAAAAUACAUAAAAAUAAUAUGUGUACUAAUUAAAAUGAAUGAAAACCAUCAAUGUGCUGUUAAAUAUUUAAAUCAGAUACAUAAAAAUUGGCAAACAUUUUUAGGGUCGUUGUAAAAAAAAAGCAUUUUUACGCCAAACCAAAAAAAUGGGGUUUUUCCUACAUCGAAAAAAUGCAUUUCAUUUAUUAAUCUCUAUUUAGUUAGGCAUUUAUAUACCUUUAUAUAUAAUUUACAAUUGCAGUGAAAAUAUGCACAAAUAGUCUGUUUGAAAUUAAACUCAUGCAAAAAUCCACUUCAGAGGAAAAUAUUCCACCAAUGAAAUUCAUAUACAUAUUGUGGGAAAAAAGGUUAUUAAUUUAAAAAAAAUCAUGAACAAAGCAUAUAAAGGUAGAAAAGCAUCGAGAUGAAGCAGAAAAUUUGCUGAUUUUGUAAAUAUUCUCUAUGAAAUAAAUUACAUUUUGAAAGGAAUGGAUUUUUUAUGUUUUAAUUUGUAAUAUUUGGUAUUAACCCCUUGAGGAUUCUUUUGUUGACAUUUUCGUUUCAUGAAUUUUCAUCUU